AUGACCUACUGUAGUGGAUUCUUCACCUGUCCUUGGGACUGUGCCAAGAGAAAUGUUUUCCUGAUUGCCUCCAUCUUUUUUGCAGCAGUGUAUUUGGGUUUUUAUUUUUUUAAUUCUAAUCACCAUGCUGUUCUAACGGAAAGUGAAGUUCAAAACAAUGAUAACAUAGAAGAAAAAGACAUGCUUUUUACCAAAGGGUAUGAUAAUCUUCAGAUGAAAGAAAAUGGAAGCCUACCAGUUGAAAAUGAAAAAAAUGGGAAUAAAACUAGAUCCAUUUCAACACAGUCAUUUCAAUUCAUUAUUAAUGAAAAAGAUAAGUGUAAAGAUAAAACACCUUUCUUGAUAUUGCUAAUAGCAACUACAGCUGCUGAAAUUAAUCAUAGAAAUUCCAUCAGAAACAGUUGGGGAAAUGAAUCUGUGGUUCAAGGAGUUGAGGUUGUUCGGUUGUUUAUGCUGGGUGUCGAGAGCAAAGGUCCAAAUGACGUCGUACUGAGAGAAAGUGAGCAAUAUCGUGAUAUUAUUCAACAGGACUUCCUGGACACUUACCAUAACUUAACUCUUAAAACUUUGAUGGGCAUGAAGUGGGUUGCCUCUUACUGCAGUGGCGCAAGCUUUGUUAUGAAGACAGACAGUGAUGUUUUUGUUAAUACAAUAUACCUAAUAGAAAAGUUGCUCAGGCCUCUUUCACCUCCUCCACAAAAUUACUUCACAGGCUGUCUUAUGAAAGGGCAUAAGCCUAUUCGAAAUCAAAAUAAUAAAUGGUACAUAUCAGAAGAAGAAUACCCAGGUGCCAAUUACCCUCCUUUUUGUUCAGGAACUGGCUACGUCUUUUCCGGAGACCUGGCUUCAAAGAUUAUCAGUGCUUCUGUAACAAUAAAUUGUAUACAUUUAGAAGACGUUUAUGUAGGGCUCUGUCUUAAUGCAAAGGGAAUAGAAAUAGUACCUCCACCUAGACAGUCAUUGUUUAACAUAUACAAGGUCCCAUUUUCUCCUUGUCUGUAUAAUAAUAUAAUUACAUCUCACCACAUUGGAACCAAUGAGCACAUAUUGUAUUGGGAUACACUGAGAAAGAAGAACUACAAAUGUCAUACAAAACAGAAAAGCACAUAG